AUGAAAUGGAAGUGGCUAACUUCAGUAAUAGAGAUUAGGAGUUUCCUAAGUUUGGCGAAAUAUUAUCGGAGAUUCAUUAAGAGAUUUUUGCAGCUCGCCUUAUCUUUAACUAAGUUGACUAGGAAGGAUACGCCUUUUGUCUGGACUCCGGAGUGUGAAGAGAGUUUUCAAGCAUUGAAGUACAUGUUGACUGUUGCACCCGUAUUGGUAUUGCCCGAACAAAGUGAGCCGUUUGAAGUGUACUGUGAUGCAUCACUGAAGGGUUUAGAGUGCGUUCUGAUGCAGCACCAGAAUGUUGUAGCAUACGCCUCACGGAAAAGUGAACGUUGUGACGGACGCCUUGAGUCGGAAGUCUUUAUAUGCAGCUUGGAUGAUGCUAUGAGAGGAACAGUUACUAAAGGCAUUUCAAGGUUCAUCAAGACAGUGAAGCGUUACGUAAAGUAUUACCAGCAGUUGAACAGGAAAAACAGUGGAAAGUGUCAGAAGGAUAGGAUGCUUCGGAAGUAUAUUCCUAAUACAAGUCAUGUUCUAGAACCAAAACCAAUUCAAGUAAGAGAAGAUCUAACACUUCCAGUAAUUCCGGUAAGAAUUGAUAACACCAGUGUUAAACGAUUACGUGGAAGGAAAGUAUCAUUAGUAAAAGCAGCUUGGAGUCGAGCUGGUAUCGAGGAACAUACUUGGAAACUUGAAUCAGAUAUGCGAAAGAACUAUCCACAUCUCUUUUCAGGUAACUAG